UGCUAACCGGAAGCAGUAAAGUGCAAUUCAAGCUAACCUUGAACGGCUGAUUUAUAGUAAAAACAACGGCAUUAAAGGCUGGAUUAUAAAGGACUUUAGUUAGUAUAAAAAGGCCGACAUGGGAUUGUCAGAACUGGAGGAAUCUUCCCUGUCACUGGACGAAAAGCUGCUCCGUUUCAUGGAGCAGCUGGAGUUGCUGGGGGAAAAACGAGCCGCUCUCAACUCUCUCACAGAGCAGGGAUGGUUUUCCAUCUCCAAGGCACGAUAUUCCAUGGGAAACAAACAAGUCUCUGCUCUUCAGUACGCGAGUGAGAUCGAGCCACUGGUCUGUGUUCAUGCUAGAACACUGGACAAUGGUGAGGUGGAGUUCUGCACAGAAAAAGCCACACAAAGGAAAGAGUCUGGAAAAGAUGGGAGGUCCAUAGAGGAUAUUGGACCUCAAGAAGAAGGUAUCAGGAGAAGAAACAAACCCAAAACAGAUACCACAGAAAAAGAGGCAAAUGACAGAGCAAGUAGUGAGAAAGCUCCUGAAGUAACUCCAGUUAAAAAAAGGGACCAGAAUCCUCAGCAAGACCCACUGAAGUGGUUUGGAAUUCUGGUGCCACAAUCUCUUAAACAAGCACAGUCGUCAUUCAAGCAAGUUAUAGAGCUGUCUGCUGAGAUUGCAACCCUCCAGACUGCAGUGUUGAACACCAGACAGGAGCUGAAGAGCAACAUGAAAGACAAACACAUUCUCCAGAGUAAGACCUCAGCAGCUCAGGUGGACAAGGUGGCAAACUAAAUAACACUGUCAAGGCAAAGCUGGAGAUGAUCUCUGACAAGAGCCUGUGGCUCAGAGAGUGACUGAUUGGAGUCAGCAGAUUAUUCUUCAGGGCUUAGUGGACUUUAUCUGGUGGAUUUCUAAGUGAAGAUCAAGGAUGUAGUUGUUCCUACUUGACGAUUUAUUGGUAUUAUAUACUGUUUUGUUCUGUUUUGACUGCCAGACUGAUAAGUAUGUAGCCUUUCUCAGGAUCAAUCAAAUCUGUGUUGUUGACUGCAGUAGAUUAAUUCAUAAAUACAAAUAAGACCAGUUUGAACUUUUUAUUUUUUGACUGAAGAGUUGGUAACACUUUCUGAUAAGGUAGCAAAGGGUUUGUGAGUUGAAACACCUCAUUAACUAUUAAUAAAUAAUUCACUGAUGCUUCACAGAUCAGUUAUAAGCUAAUCAGUAUUGUGCUUUUCCAGGUUUUGGAAAAUUACUUUGUUCGAUAUUUAUACUUUUAUUUGGUAAAUAUGCAGUUGUAAUGCUAACUACGUCAUGAAUAAAUAGAUGGCCCACAUCCUCCACAGGCCUUUUCCAGCAGGUAAAUGUUUUAUACAUAUUGAGUACCCUCUCAGUCCCUUUUUAUCAUGCUUGUCAUCUUACAAUGAUUUAUACGUUGCUUUCAGAUUUUUAUCUCAUGUCUGUUUAAUGCUUUCUGUCAGUGGCUUGUUCUUUAUAUCGUUCUCUAUUUAUUUUUGUUGUUUGGUUUGUGUAAAGCCUUUUCUAGCACUGGCUUUUAGAGGUUCUCAAACAAAUAAAGGUUAAUAAGGUCCCAUCA